AUGAGUGGCUCCUUCGAUCGCAAGCUCAGCAGCAUCCUCACGGAUAUCUCCAGCUCACUCAGCUGCCAUGCUGGCUCCAAGGACUCCCCCACUCUGCCGGAGUCUUCCGUCACGGACCUGGGCUACUAUAGCGCGCCGCAGCACGACUACUACACGGGUCAACCUUAUGGCCAGGCGGUGAAUCCCUAUGCCUACCACCAUCAGUUCAAUCUUAAUGGGCUUGCAGGCACUGGCGCCUACUCGCCCAAAUCGGAAUAUACCUAUGGAGCCUCCUAUCGGCAAUACGGGGCUUACCGGGAGCAGCCGCUGCCAGCCCAAGAUCCAGUGUCGGUGAAGGAGGAGCCGGAGCCGGAGGUCCGAAUGGUGAAUGGGAAGCCCAAGAAGGUCAGGAAGCCUCGAACCAUCUACUCUAGCUACCAGCUGGCGGCCUUGCAGCGCCGCUUCCAGAAGGCCCAGUACCUGGCACUGCCGGAGAGGGCCGAGUUGGCUGCCCAGCUGGGCCUCACCCAGACCCAAGUGAAAAUCUGGUUCCAGAACCGUAGGUCCAAGUUUAAGAAGCUCUACAAAAAUGGGGAGGUACCCCUGGAGCAUAGCCCUAACAACAGCGAUUCCAUGGCUUGCAACUCUCCCCCCUCUCCAGCCCUCUGGGACACCUCUUCCCACAGCACCUCGGCCCCAGCCCGGAGCCAGCUGCCCCCACCACUCCCCUAUAGCGCCUCCCCCAGCUACCUGGACGACCCCACCAAUUCCUGGUAUCACACUCAGAACCUGAGCGGACCUCACUUACAGCAACCCCCUCCGCCUGCCACCCUGCAUCACACUUCUCCUGGCCCCCCACCUAAUAGUGGGGCUGUGUACUGA